AGGGAUCUACGCGGCUCGCGGUGGCGAAGGCGGCUUUAGAGGCAGCAUGAAGCGCACCCCGACUGCCGAGGAACGAGAGCGCGAAGCUAAGAAACUGAGGCUUCUUGAAGAGCUCGAAGAUACUUGGCUUCCUUAUCUGACCCCCAAAGAUGAUGAGUUCUAUCAGCAGUGGCAGCUGAAAUAUCCUAAACUAAUUCUCCGAGAAGCCGGCAGUGUGUCCGAGGAUCUCCAUAAAGAGGUUCAAGAAGCCUUUCUGACGCUGCACAAGCAUGGCUGCUUAUUUCGGGACCUGGUUAGGAUCCAAGGCAAAGAUUUGCUCACUCCGGUGUCUCGCAUCCUCAUUGGUAAUCCAGGCUACACCUACAAGUACCUGAACACCAGACUCUUCACGGUACCCUGGCCAGUGAAAGGUUCUAACGUAAAAUACGGCGAGGCUGAAAUAGCUGCUGCUUGUCAGACCUUCCUCAAACUCAACGACUACCUGCAGAUAGAAACCAUCCAGGCUUUGGAAGAACUCGCCUCUAAAGAGAAGGCUAAUGAGGAUGACGUGCCAGUGUGUGUGUCUGGAGAUUUCCCCAGGGUCGGCAUGGGAUCAUCCUAUGAUGGACAAGAUGAAGUGGACAUUAAGAGCAGAGCAGCAUAUAAUGUAACUUUGCUGAAUUUCAUGGAUCCUCAGAAAAUGCCGUACCUGAAAGAGGAGCCCUAUUUUGGCAUGGGGAAAAUGGCAGUGAGCUGGCAUCACGAUGAAAAUCUGGUGGAAAGGUCAGCGGUGGCAGUGUACAGUUAUAGCUGUGAAGGCCCUGAAGAGGAGAGUGACGAUGACUCUCAUCUUGAAGGCAGAGAUCCUGAUACUUGGCAUGUUGGUUUCAAGAUCUCGUGGGACAUAGAGACACCUGGUUUGGCAAUACCCCUUCACCAAGGAGACUGCUAUUUUAUGCUUGAUGAUCUCAAUGCCACCCACCAACACUGUGUUUUGGCUGGUUCACAACCUCGGUUUAGUUCCACCCACCGAGUGGCAGAGUGCUCAACAGGAACCUUGGAUUAUAUCUUACAACGCUGCCAGCUGGCUCUGCAGAAUGUCCGGGACGAUGUGGACAACGGUGACGUCUCUUUGAAAUCCUUUGAGCCUGCAGUUUUGAAACAGGGAGAAGAAAUUCACAAUGAGGUCGAGUUUGAGUGGCUGAGACAGUUUUGGUUUCAAGGCAAUCGAUACAAAAAGUGCACUGAUUGGUGGUGUCAACCCAUGACUCAGCUGGAGGAACGAUGGAAGAAGAUGGAAGGCGUGACAAAUGCCGUGCUUCGCGAAGUUAAAAGAGAGGGGCUCCCCGUGGAACAAAGGAAUGAAAUCUUGACUGCCAUCCUCGCCUCGCUCACCACCCGCCAGAACCUGAGGAGGGAAUGGCAUGCCAGGUGCCAGUGUCGAAUUGCCCGAACUCUACCCGUGGACCAGAAGCCGGAAUGUCGGCCAUACUGGGAGAAGGAGGAUCCUUCUAUGCCUCUGCCGUUCGAUCUCACAGACAUCGUUUCAGAUCUCAGAGGUCAGCUUCUAGAAGCAAAGCCCUAGAGGGAGCACAAGUCUUAGGUGGAGGAGAAGAAUAUAUCUUUCUUUUUCUCCUCCAGCCUUGUCAUGAGCUUGAGUAAGGGCAGUGUAGACUUCUCUUGGCCCUUAGAUUGUAGCACCUGGGUCCCAGUUGGAAACAGCUAGGGAAUGGAGCCCGUGAAUUUUUAAAUGUUUAAAAACGACACAGUCUUAUAGUCUGAUUUGGUAUUAAACAAGAACUUUCCCCAAAAAAACUUCCCCACUUGGAUUUUUUAAUCGGAGCCAAUCAGCCACCAAGGGCCAAGGAAAACCACAGGGAUGAGCCCAGCGUGUAACAAAACCUAACCUACUUUCCUCCUUCCCAAGCUUCUUCAGGGAUUCUAGAGUGGACCAGUCAUCUGGGGAAAGACAGAACUUAGAGACAUCUAUCCCCGCU